GCAAAGAACCGGCUGCUGGGACAGUGAGCGUGGAAAAGAGGGAGCUGAACGCGGAAGUGGUGGCAGCGCCCGGGUAGCCGGCGGAGGCGGUGACCGCGAAGUCAGACGGGAACCGGUCGUCGAGGGGAGGGGCACGGGAUUGGCAGGAAGGCAACCGCCUGGUAGGAUCCACCGGAGGUGCGAGGAGUGGCUGGGCCUUCUUUCUCCACUUGAACGUGUGCUGAGAGCCACGGCUAUGGUGAUGGCGGCAAUUACUCGGUCAGCCCCAGUUAAGCUGCCCUUUGGGAGAUACAUCCGGAAAGUGCUCAGAAGAAACAUCCUGUCAGAAAAACUGAAAAAGCAGUAUUUAUAACACUGGAAUCUGUGGAUAAAUUUGUUAAAAUGGCAGAAAGUAGUGAAAAUAAUAGUAAAAAUAUAGAUGUAAGACCCAAAACUAGUCGAAGUAGAAGCGCUGACAGAAAGGAUGGUUAUGUGUGGAGUGGAAAGAAGUUGUCUUGGUCCAAAAAGAGUGAGAGUUGUUCAGAUGCUGAAACAGUGGAUACUAUAGAGAAAACUGAAGUUCCUUUAAGGAGCCAAGAAAGAAAUCACAGCUGUUCAUCCAUUGAGUUGGACUUAGAUCAUUCCUGUGGUCAUAGAUUUUUAGGCCGAUCUCUUAAACAAAAAUUGCAAGAUGCUGUGGGGCAGUGUUUUCCAAUAAAGAAUUGUAGUAGUCGGCACUCUUCCGGGCUUCCAUCUAAAAGAAAAAUUCAUAUCAGUGAACUAAUGUUAGAUAAGUGUCCUUUUCCACCUCGAUCAGAUUUAGCCUUCAGAUGGCAUUUUAUUAAACGACACACUGCUCCUAUAAGUCCCAAAUCAGAUGAAUGGGUAAGCACAGACUUGUCUCAGAGUGAAUUGAGGGAUGGUCAGCUAAAACGAAGAAACUUGGAAGAUGUAAACUGUUUCUCUCAUACCAAUGUUCAACCUUGUGUCGUAACUACCAACAAUGCUUCAUGUAGAGGUGGUCCCAUGACUGGCUCUAUGAUGAAUCUAGGUCCAAAUAACAGUAUAGAAGAUAGUGAUAUGGAUUCAGAUGAUGAAAUUAUAACACUUUGCACAAGUUCCAGAAAAAGAAACAAACCCAAAUGGGAAAUGGAUGAUGAUAUCCUACAGUUGGAAACACCUCCUAAGUACCACACCCAGAUUGAUUAUGUUCACUGUCUUGUACCAGACCUCCUUCAGAUCAAUAACAAUCCAUGUUACUGGGGAGUUAUGGAUAAAUAUGCAGCUGAAGCUCUACUAGAAGGAAAACCAGAAGGUACCUUUUUACUUCGAGACUCAGCACAGGAAGACUAUUUAUUCUCUGUUAGUUUUAGACGCUAUAGUCGUUCUCUCCAUGCUAGAAUUGAACAAUGGAAUCACAACUUUAGCUUUGAUGCACAUGAUCCUUGUGUCUUCCAUUCUCCUGAUAUUACUGGGCUCCUGGAACAUUAUAAGGACCCAAGCGCCUGUAUGUUCUUUGAACCACUUUUAUCCACUCCUUUAAUUCGGACUUUCCCCUUUUCCCUGCAGCAUAUUUGCAGAACAGUUAUUUGUAAUUGUACAACUUAUGAUGGUAUUGAUGCCCUUCCAAUUCCUACUUCUAUGAAAUUAUAUUUGAAGGAGUAUCAUUAUAAAUCAAAAGUUAGAGUACUCAGGAUUGAUGCGCCAGAACAACAAUGCUAGGAAAAGGGUAGUAACAUGGGAAUAAUUGCAUAUGUAUUUUCAUUUAACAUUUUUUUUUGUUAUUCCUCUUUGAAUUUUUCUACAAAGGCAGUUGGAAUCAAAAAUAAGCCUCUGCUGGAUCUGUUUAUUUUCUAUGCUACACUAAUUGUUGGAUGUUAACAUAUAUUUUUAACCAUGUAUGUUCAGUUUGGGUUUUUAUUGUGUAAAUUGUAUACUUAAAAUUUUCUUUCCUUAACUUAUAGAUGGUCCAGGCAUAUUUGAAAUUUGGUAGGCAUUACAAAUACAUUUGGAUAUUCUGUAUUUUUCUUUAAUAAUAAAUUUAUGUUCUUUUCUACAUGUAUAAUAUUUUUAACCUAUGCUAUCAGUGUUCCUAUACAUAAAAUAGUUUCCUCAUCCCCUUUUUGUUGAACUUUAAAAUUCUUCAGUAAAGAUGAGUGCUACGAUUCAUCCAUACUAGUGUAAUUGACUUUUAUAAUUUACUGUAGGAAUGUUACAGGUAACAAAAUGGCUUAAAGUCAAACUUUCUGUGUUUUUAAUUUAAAUAUUAACUGUAAAACAGGAUUAAUCCAAAUCAAUGAGCAUCAAAUGAAAACAUGACAUUCUGGAGGUGCAUUUAUUCUACAAUAUGGCAUGGUCAUUUGCUAUUCCUAAAUAGGUGGUCUUCUCCACCUGGAAGAGUUAAAUCAUCCUCAUGUGUACAUGCGUGCACACAUAUGCAAACCUUGGCCCUUACCCGUGAUAGUCAUGUGCUAUACCACUGAACUAAAACCCCCACCUGAGUUAAACCAUCUUUAAAACAUAAACUUUAUUUCUCAAUGAAAACUUUAAAAAUAAUAACAAUAUUAAUACUUAGUAAUUAAAGCAACUAGGGUUUUUCUGUAUUCAUUUAUGAACUGUUGAUUCUACUUAGCUAUUUUUUAGAAGCUCUGAGCCUGUUACUUUCAGGAAUUUCCAUAGAUUAUAAACAACCACAGAUUUCUACUGGUUAACCAAAGAGGACCUAAGUAGUUUUUCAUUAUUUUCAGUUGACUUGAAUAAAGAUUCAAGAAGUAUACAUGGAGAUCAAUAUUCAGGAAGCUUUGUGUUACUUUUUGAUCUUCAAGUUCCAAAUAAUUUUUAUUAUCUUCAGAUGUGACUUCAAAAAAGGAAAGCUAUCUGGCAUACAUUAUACUGAACAGAACAAAAAAAAGAUCAUGUUUCAAAUUUACUAUCCCAAGAAGAGGGCAGCAUUUUUAGAAACAUUAGCCCAGUGUAACUAAUAAAAUGAAAUGAUAUCCUAUUCUUUUUUAGAAGAGUGACUAAUAAGUCUAGAAAGAUUCCACAGUUUUCCUUUUGGUGAACUGUCUGCCCCUUUGUACAAAUUGGCAUUUUUUAAUAUAGCCAUUGAUACCUUGAUGCUAGUUUAGCUGUAUUAGGAAACUUCUAUUUGGAUUGAAUUUUAUUUUGACCUACAAAAUUUCCAAGGUAGAGCAAAUGUUUUAUUUAUUGUUGCUUUUAUGUUGAAAUACCAUUUCCUAUCUUGCAGUUCUGCUAUUAACAUAAAAAUAGCAUUUUUCAAUAAUAGCUUUAAAGUAAACUUUUAGCAAUUACAAAAUUAAACCAGGAAAAUCUGUUGCCAUUAUCUCCUAGCAUUUUCUUCUCAGUGGUCUCAAGAUUGUCUUGAUCUCCACAAAAGGUAGCUACUCAAGUGGCACCUCUUCUAGAAGUGAUGAGACUCAGGAUUAUCAUAACAUCAGUAUCAGGAUAAAUAUCACUUCUAAAGAUGAUAUUUACCUUUUACAAAGGUAGAAAAGUCUCAUACUACCUCAUCUUUAUUGUGGCACUUUUAUAGAUCACUGAGAAGCUUAUCUUAUUAAUAUAACACUUCCUAAAUAACCAUCUUUGGUGAAAGAAAAGAGCGUGGUAAGACUACCCAUAAUUAUAGUUUUUUAUCAGAAUUUGAUAAGACUUUCUGUUUCUGUGAAACAAUUAUUUUAAAUAUUUUUCUUUUAAAAAUAACUUUUUAUCAGUACUGAAAACCUAAGGAAUGUCUAGCCUAUGAAUAUUCUGUUAAAGGGUAGUUUUAUAAAGAAAAAUGAAGUAUAAUUAUGUUAUCUUUUAUAGUGGUAAAAAUUAGUGUUUCUAUGAAAGUCAAGAUCUAAAUAACUUUUCAUAUAAUUCAAACUGAUUACUUGUGGUAUAUUUUCUCUGGGCUUUUUAAAUUUUUUUCAAUUCAAGUUAUUAACAGCUCUUAACAUUUUCAAAGUACUGCCAUAUGUGCAUCCUUGAAGUAUCUACUACAUGAGAACAGCCAGGCAAUUCAUUUACUCUGAAAUGAUUUGUAUUUUCCCUUUGGUAUUUGCUACAAUGAAAAGAAAUUUGGAAAGUAGACAUACAUAAAGACUUGAGGAGGGAAUUAUUUAUCAUGAAUGGAAAAGAGUAAAAACUUAAUUUUUAAAAAAAUUAAGGGAUUAGAAUAUUAAAAGAUUAUCCCCUUUAUGUUUUUGUGAGAGUACACAUGGAAGAACAUCAGUAUUAUAUAAGUCAUCAUAAAUGUAUUUAUUGGACUGUAACUAAAAUGAGUAAAUUUUGAACUAGGCCUGGUGGCUGCUGUAAGUUUAGCUAUUUGGGUGGCUGAGAGGAGGUUUGCAAGGUCAAGACCAACCUGGCAACUUAGCAAGAUGGUCUCAAAAUAAAAUAAGGACUGGAGAUGUAGCUCAGAAGUAGAGUUCUUGCCUCAUGUGAGCAAGGCCCUAGCACUGCAGAAACAAAACAAAAUAAUAAAAUGAGUAAAUUUUGAGAAUAAAAAUGUGAAAAGAUACAAAAUUUCUAUUUAGAAUCAUUUAUAGCACUAGACUAAACAUUUGAAAAGUAGAAAUCCAGAGUUGAGAAAGAAUUCAACAUGGUGGAAGUAUGUAGAGCUUACUGGUGAAAGAGAAUGGAGCUAAAAGAAAAUAAGAUUAAGAAUUUAGGCAUUACCUCAGGGAAAAGACUUGACAGUGAAAGGGAACUACUUAAUAGCUAAUAGCUUGUCUGGACCAGGCACUUAGCUGUGCUUUGGGAAUUAUCUUGUGCUAAUCAGGAAAUAAAUUUCACUUUUCUAUUUUUCUCUCAAGCUUUUCAGGAUAUAUAUCCUCUCCUCGAACACGUUCCCCCCCACUACCUUUUUAAUCUAUAGCAUCUUAAUUCAUGCUGUAAUUCUUGGAAUAUGCUGAAUGGGGUUUUCUUUUUUUUUAGGUUCCUUUAGCAUUUUGUAUGAAAAGUCAUAUGUAAUCUUUCUAUAACCAUGCAUUCACCUAAAUAAUUCAUAGAGGGAAUGGUUUAAUUUAAAGGAAGAACUAAUAGGAAGAUUAAAGGAAGCUUUUAGUCAGCCUGAGGCUAGAUUUAUUGAUUUGGUGAUCAAACCUGUGUUCUUUCCUGAAUUUCAGCUAAUGGCCAA